CCCUUUGGGUCUAUUUUAUCGGCUUUCGCGUAGCCCUGGAGCAGCUGUUUCGACGCCUCUUUCCGCUCUCCGUUUCCAAAGCAGGUGCUCAUUAAUGAGUGAAGAAUCAAAAGGGGUUGGGACAGUGGCUAAGAAGCAAUGGAGAAUAAAACUUUGGAAACUUCCCCAUCAGACCUAAAGUUAGUGGCCCACCCAAGAGCAAAGAGUAAAGUAUGGAAGUACUUUGGCUUUGAUACCAAUGCAGAGGGAUGUAUAUUACAAUGGAAGAAAAUCUACUGCCGCAUUUGUAUGGCACAGAUUGCAUAUUCAGGAAAUACAUCCAAUCUCUCUUACCAUCUUGAAAAGAAUCAUCCAGAUGAAUUUUGUGAAUUUGUGAAAAGCAACACUGAGCAAAUGAGAGAGGCUUUUGCAACUGCAUUUUCAAAACUGAAGCCUGAAUCAUCUCAGCAGGUUGUUCAGGACAACUUAAUUAUGAAAACAAGUCACAAUUAUGAGAAUAAAAAGCAUCAAGAGCUGACCUCAGCAGUGAUUAGUUUAAUUUGUGAAGGGUUACAUCCUCCAUCUAUUGUCGAUGAACCCACAUUUAAGAGUCUCUUAAGAACAGCUGAUCCCAGGUAUGAACUUCCUUGCAGAAAGUACUUCUGCACGAAAGGAAUUCCUGAAAAAUAUGUUGCUGUUAGAGAGGUUGUGUUAAAAGAAUUGACAGACAUUCCAUGGUGUGGUAUAUCAACUGAUAUAUGGAGCAGUCAUACUCAGAAUAGAUCCUAUGUAACAUUGUCUGUUCAUUUUCUUAGAACUGGUUCCUCUGGCAGCUUGGCUAUUAAUUCUCGUUGCCUAAAAACAUUUGAAGUACCAGAGGAAAACACUGCAGAGACAAUUACAAGAGUCCUGUAUGAGAUAUUCAUUGAAUGGGAAAUUAAUACCAAAGUUUUUGGGGCUACAACAGACAAUGGGAAAGAUGUAGUGAAAGCUUGCUCUCUUUUGGACAUCUCAGUACAGAUGCCAUGCUUAGGUCACACUUUCAAUGUGGGUAUACAGCAAGCUUUUCAGCUUCCUAAAUUGAGUAGUGCUCUAUCUAGAUGUCGAAAACUGGUGGAAUAUUUUCAGCAGUCUGCAGUAGCCAUGUAUAUGUUGAGUGAGAAGCAGCAACAGCAGAAUAGUUUGCAUUGCAUGCUUGUGAGUGAUCGUGUUUCCUGGUGGGGCAGCACACUUGCCAUGCUGCAACGUCUUAAAGAGCAACAGUUUGUUAUUGCUGCAGUACUUGUGGAAGAUAGCAAUAAUCACCACCUGAUGCUGGAAGCUAAUGAAUGGAAUACAAUUGAAGGGCUGGUGGAUUUGCUUCAGCCAUUCAAGCAGGUAGCUGAGAUGAUAUCUUCUUCCAAAUACCCAAGAAUAAGCAUGAUGAAACCUCUUCUUCACAUGCUGUUAAAUACAACAUUAAGUAUAAAAGAAAAUGACUUAAAAGAAAUAAGCAUGGCAAAGGAGGUGAUUGCCAAGGAACUAUCAACAACAUACCAGCAUAACCCUGAGAUAGACAUGUUUCUCAAUGUUGCAACUUUCUUAGAUCCAAGAUACAAGAAAUUGCCCUUUCUUUCGACUUUUGAAAAACAACAGGUUGAGAACAGAGUGCUGGAGGAAGCAAAAAGUAUCCUGGAAAAAAUAAAAGACAAUACUUCGAGGCCUGAAGAAAAAAUGUUUGUAGUGUCAGAAGAGCCACCAGUGAAAAAAGCGGCAAUUGCUUUCACGCCUCCUCCUACUAGUGCUAUUAAUAAUAUGCUCGCAGAAAUCUUUUGCCAGACGGGGAGUGUUGAAGAUCAAGAGGAGUGGCACGCUCAGGUAAUUGAGGAACUGAGCAAUUUCAAGUCACAGAAAGUCCUUGGGCUCAGUGAAGAUCCCCUCAAGUGGUGGUCUGAUAGACUUGCUUUGUUUCCUGUUUUGCCAAAGGUGCUUCAGAAAUACUGGUGCAUUGUAGCUACAAGGAUCUUUCCAGAGCGUCUUUUUAGUUCUUCAGCCAAUGUUGUUAGUGCUAAAAGAAAUCAGCUAGCUCCAGCUCACGUGGAUGAGCAGGUUUUUCUGUAUGAGAACACUCAUAGUGGAUCUGAAGCUGAACCUGAUGAAGAGGAUGAAGGAGAGUGGGGAUUGGAACAGGAUCAUAUGAUUAAUUCAAGUAACACAGCAAAUGGGAGCAGCACCGUUUUAAAUAUGCGGGAUAAUGGCCUCAUAUAGAAGCAAUAGACUUUCAGACAAAAGGUCUUAACUUACACCCCCCCACCCCCCAAAAAAAACUAUUUUAAAAAUGUA